UGAACGGUGUGACGUCAUACCGUUUGUUUUGGUUUGGUUUGCCAUACGAUUUUGCAAGAAAUCUCAGUUUCUCGCAUAAAAUCGUUAAAAAUUUGGUUUAUUACUGAAAAAAUAGCAGUUAAAGGUAAGUGCCAACAACUAUGACACGUCUACAUCAAUAUUUUUCCACAUUAAUGUUUUGAUAUUCCAGAUAUUGUCGGAAUUGCCAUAAACUGCGACCAGCACUGACGAACAGAGGACGGUCUCCUUGCGGAACUAAGAACGUGGACCUAACCGAUAGUGGCCGUACCAAGGACUUGAAGGAAAACCGGUGCCAGUGGCCGGAAGCAGUCCGUCGGAUGGGAUACUGCUGAAGCGAUCAGCAGCAGCAGCAGCGUCAACAUUACAAAUGCAGCAGUAGUCUCCACCGGAGAACCAGGUAAUUAUUUGACGUGAUAAAGGCCGAGUAGAAACCCAUCCAGUCCGUGCUGGCUGCGAACCGCGGCGAAAUCGCUACCAUGUCUUCCUAGUGUGUAACGAGCUGGGCAUGCCGUCGGUGGCCAUCUACUCCGAGCAGAAUCGCCAGCACAUGCACCGACAGAAGGCCGACGAGUCGUACAUCGAUGGCAAGGGCCUAGCCCCGGUCGAGGUCUGCAACACAUUCCAGAAAUUAUCCGGGUGUGCAAGGAGAACGACGUCGACGACAUGCACCCCGGUUAAGGGUCAUAUCGGUCCAUCACCUAAGGUUGUCCAGCAGAUGGGAGACAAAGUGGCCGCCCGUAAGGCUGCCAUUGAAGCAGGCGUUCUAAUCGUACCGGAAACGGACGGUCCCGUGACUAUCAAGGUGGAAGUGUUGGUUUUUUGCAAGAAGCACGGAUUUCCCGUGAUCUUCAAGGCAGUGUUAAGUGGAAGUAGCCGUGGAAAGGGAAGUGUGAAAAAUGGUAGAGGUCGGGGACAACUUCGAGCGAGCGAGUUCGGAGGCGAAGGCUUCCGUCGGUAAUGGUGCCAUGCUUAUUGGAAGGUUCAUCGAACGACCUAGGCAUAUUGAGUUGCAACUGUUGGAUGACAAAGCUGGCAACGUCAGAUAUGAAAACGCCGGAAUGGUGGAGGUCCUUUGAGACGGCAACUUCUACUCAUCAAAGUGAACGCCCGUCUGCAAGUGGAGCACCGGAAUUGAUUUCGUUUAGUUGGGACUAAAUCUAAAAUCCGUGUCGCCGAGGGAAUCACGCUGGCAGAGUUGGGAUACACUCAUGAUAUCAUUAAAACUCCCCAACAGCAGCAACCGCUAAUACAGCCUAAUUACGAAGAACAACA